UACAAAUUAACAAUAGUUGAAAGAGAGAUUCGAAAAGUAAUACAUUUAUGAUCAGAAAAAAAGGUGAGGGUAUAAUAUCAGUUGAAAUAUUAUGCAGCUCCCUAGAAGCAAGCCAAAAAUCCAAUAAUUUCUCUCUGUUCUUUACACUCCUCCCAUUCUACAUGGAAUGAACAUCCUUCCAAUGAUAUCGCUCUAUUGCCACUCCAUCACCAUGACAACCUUACCACGAUCAUCCAAUUAAGCCUUUCAUUUCACUAUUUCGUCGCCCUACUUGGUCACAUGUCUCUCCACUAUCCAAUCAGAAAGUAGCAGUUUAAUCUCUUCCUUUAAAAGUUCUUGAUGGUUGAGUUUGCCGGUAUAAAGAAUGAGAGAAAACCUGUUUGUACUUUCUUCUAAAAACAGCUGGACACACAAACGGUCACCUACUGAUUAUUUAUUCCCGUUGAAAGGUUUCUUAUAGCCCAAAGCGAAAAUGGCCACUUCCAGUUCAAAGCUGAAUACAACUGUGAUAAAGUGGUACAUGGACCUGCCACAGGGAGACAAAGUGCAGGCCAUGUACAUCUGGAUUGAUGGGACCGGAGAGGGACUCUGCUGCAAGACCAGGACUCUGGACUCGGAACCCAAGACUAUUGAAGAUCUCCCAGAGUGGAAUUUUGGUGGCACCAGUAUAUUCCAGGUUGAGAGCUCGAACAGUGACAUGUACCUCAUACCAAAGGCCAUGUUUAGAGACCCAUUCAGGAAGGACCCCAACAAGCUGGUUCUUUGUGAGGUUCUCAAAUACAACAGGAAAUCUGCAGUAACUAAUCUUCGUCAGAUGUGUGAAAAGAUCAUGAGCAUGGUGGAGGACCAGCAUCCAUGGUUUGGAAUGGAGCAGAAGUACACACUUCUUGCUAUAGAUGGUCAUCCUUUUGGCUGGCCCUCAAAUGGUUUCCCCGGACCACAAGGUAAUUAUCGCUGUUGUGUGGGAGCAGAUAAGGCCUGUGGCAGGGACAUUGUUGAGGCCCAUUAUAGAGCCUGUCUGUAUGCUGGGGUUAUGAUUUGUGGCACCAAUGCAGAAGUCAUGCCUGCACAGUGGGAAUUCCAAGUGGGUCCUUGUGAAGGCAUCAGCAUGGGAGAUCACCUGUGGAUAGCUCGUUUUAUCCUGCACAGGGUGUGUGAAGACUUUGGUGUUGUGGCCUCCUUUGACCCCAAACCCGUUACAGGCAACUGGAAUGGUGCUGGCUGCCAUACAAACUUCAGUACCAAGAACAUGCGGGAGGAGGGAGGCCUCAGGCAUGUUGAGGAGGCUAUUGAGCAGCUGGGCAAGAGGCAUGGCUUCCACAUUCGUGCCUACGACCCAAAAGGGGGGCUUGACAAUGUCAGAUGUCUCACUGGCCAUCAUGAGACCUCCAACAUCAAUGAGUUCUCUGCAGGCUAUUUUGAGGAUCGCCGUCCCUCAGCUAACUGCAACCCAUAUGCUGUGACUGAAGCAAUCAUUCGCACAUGUCUACUUAAUGAGGAAGAAGAGCCCACAGUGUACAAAUGAACUGCAAAGAACUCCCACAUGUCUUCUUUAAAAUAAGUGGUUUGCGGAAGCUUAUCCAGGAAACUUGUUGGCUUUCCUUCCUUUUCCUUCCCCCCCUCAAAUCUUGGUUCAAUCCAAACAUAUCACUGCCAAAUUAUCAUAAUCAUACGUUAUUAAUCAUGCAUAAAUACUGCAUUCAUAGCCAGCUAUAGUUAACCCUUAGAGGUCAGCUCUCCUGCCUGGAGGAUAAAAUAGAACGUUUGCACUUCCGCAUCAAAAUCUACGCGAGUUUUUGUCCUUCAAACAUAAAACUGACAUCCCCAGAAACCUUCAACAGUCUACUUUCCAAAUGUAUAUAGAUCGAAACUACACAUGUUUUUAGAGCUUUGUGAGGAGAAUAAAAUGAACAGCAUGCACGUUUCAGUCUCUGAGUCAGAAAACAGCUCUUGAUGUCCCACCCAUUAGCAACGAGAGCUAUUCAUAUGAUAACAUUAUGGUAAAUCGGCGGUCGUUAUUGGGUAAUUACGAGGUAACAAAAUGUGUGACAACGCCCAAAUUUACUCAUAUAAACAAGAGCACAUGUUACCCGAAAAGCAGGCAGUUCUCCGGGGAAACACAGCACCUGGAGCUCAUUUUACCCAAAAAUUAGGACAGUGAGGACGAACGUUGCCAUUUCGAACUUUGACUUGAUCCGGCAGAGGAUGUUUGUGAUGAGUAAGUUUUGUUGACUAGAUUUUGUCAUGGAAUGAUUAUGAUUACAUGCUUAGCACUGCAAUUCAUGAUGCAUGCAAGCUGCAGCUAAACAUUUCUAAAGCCUUUCAUAGUACAUACAUGUUCAGAAUUGAGUGAAUUAUUUUGCCUCCGUCAAGUAUGCAUACCAUAUCUAUCACUUUUAUAAAUAAAGCAUAUGUAAAGCAGCUUGCAUUGCUAAAAGUUCUCUGUCUACAUAACACAUUAGAAAAACUUAUCAUAGCAACCAGACAGGUCAACUAAUUACCCAUAAGCUAUAGAUAAAGUUUUUCAUUCAUAAUCUUUGCUCCCUAACAAAAACCCCAUGGAAGUGCAAAGCAUGUGAUGUCUUAUUUUUUUGCCAUCAACAAGACAGAAACUGUUUUGAAGCUUGGCAUCCUGAACAGGACUGACAAUUCAUUGUUCUUUUAUUCAUCUUAUUUUAUAGUAUUCCAUUGCAUGUUUGGGGUUGAACACAGUAUUUUCAAUAAACUGUAAAAAGGAUUUUAUUGUCUCUUCUUUCCGUACAAUUCACACUGACCGGAUGGGUGUGGGGUGUGGGAGACACAAUGACAUCCCAGAUGGGCUAUUACCUUUGACAAUAGGGAGGGCCAUUACCUUUGACAGUGGGGAGGGUAACUAUUACAGAUGUGGACACCUAUCUCAUCAAUAUUCAUUGUGUAAGCCACUGGCUUUGAAAAAAAAUAGUGUCACUUCAAAGUUCUACAACUUUUGUAGUCAGACCACAUGACAUUUCUGCAUGAUUUAAUCACCUAUGUGUAGGCAACACCUAUGUUUACAAGGUUCAGAGCUCAA